GUGGUCGUGACGACGGUCCGGUGCAGCCACCAGCAGGUCUUGAAGGUGAUGAGCUUGAGGCGUUUGUGGCGAAACAAGCAGCAGAUGCUCUCGAGGGCGAUGGUUUGCGAACACCGUUGGCAAGAGAUGUCCCGGAGGAGCCGACCGACGAGACGCUCAUCGACCACAGCGCGUGGAACAACCAACAGUGGUCAGUGCUGCAGGUGGACUUUUACUUCACGGCCGCCGACCCUGAAGGACGGCCAGCCCCCGGCGAUGAUGAUGAUGGCGCUCCUCUUUGUUGCUUGCUGGCAGUGGACUUGGACACGCGUAUGGUUCUUGCUGUGCCGUGUCCUGGAAAAGGGGCCACGGUGCUUACGAGAUGCACACAGGAGCUGGCCCGCUUCACCAUUGCCCUCCAUGCCAGCGAGCCCGUGACGAUCCAGUCAGAUGGGGAGCCCUCGAUAAAGAGCGUGGUGCGUGCCGUGGCUCAGGCUCGCCAUGCGUUGGGCCACCGCACCCUGCAGCGCACCACUCCUGUAGGCGACCACCAGGCCAACGGAGGAGUAGAACGAGCAGUGCAAACCGUGCGGCGUUUGGCAAAUUGCUUGCUUUGUGACUUUGAGGAUCGGCACGGCAAACUACCUGCAGAAGCUGAUCUUCGAGCGUGGUCCCACUCCCACGCUAGCUUCCUUUACAACCGCUUUAACGUCGUGGCCGGCCUGCAGAGAACUCCCUACGAGAUGGCCCAUGGAGGGAAGCCCGUCACAGCCAAGCUUUGCUGCUUUGGAGAAGUUGUUUUUGGAAAAGUUCCUCGUUCAUUCAAGGGGGAACCGGUGAUGAUCGAUGGCAUGUGGGUUGGCAUCAGCGAGCACAACGGCACCGAUUGGGUGCUCACUGAGCACGGCGCUGUGCAGGCCACUUCGGUGCGGCGUGCAAGCAAGGAGCUGCAGCUACCCACCAAGGAGCUCUUGGAGAAGUACCAUGGCCUUCCCUGGGAGAAGACCACUGUGGAAAAGAAGCGGCGCAAACGCGCGCCCGUUGUUCCUUUGGCAGCUCCUCUCGCUGAUGUUGCCAGUGCCCCUGACGCUCCCGUACCAGUACUUGAUGGAGCAGUGGCCGCCGACCAGCAGGGCAACAUGGACACAGCAGGUGGAGAUGAGGCCGGGUCAGAUUCUGAUUCGUCCUCUUCAGAUGAGUUGCUGGCAGACGCCGGCGGCAGCCCAGCUUCAAAGCGAAAGGCUGACGAGGUUGGCUUGGAUGAUGGCGAGCGGCAAGAGCGAGCAGCCACAAGCUCUGAGCCGAUGGUGCGGGAGGUUGAGACUGUCGAUGCUGAUUGGUUUGAGGCCGGGGCCGGGACCACUGAGCCGAGCGACCCUAGCUUCAAUGAGGAUGAAUGGGAAGUCGUUGGGGAGCCCACCAGUGAACCACCCAACCUCUCCGAUGCCGAGCUUGCG